UUCAGCAGCGCAAUGCUCCACUCUCCCUGCUGUGAUUGGUGGCUUUUCCUACCGGCAGACAUACCGACCAAACGCUAAAAAAGGGUUUCGAGUUUUGAGACUCGAUUAUGAAAUGAACCACCUGGUUAUCGUAACUACGACACAAGAUCACAGCAAUCAAACUCGUUGUGCGUUUCGUAGAUUUCUUCAAUUGUCGAGAAAGGUCCAGUAAUCUUUGGAUGUCAGUCAUUCUGAAAUCACCUCACAACCGGACGACACAGCGGAGAUUACAAACAUCCCAAACAUUCAGUUCCGUCUACAAGACAAUUUCGAACCAUCUUUGAAAAGUUCACUGGAAAAUGUCCUCCCGUUUCGUUUCCGUUGGCGUCAUCAAUCCCUCUACGGGGGAGGUAGCAACAUCGGCGGCUGUCACGUCUUCAUCUGUCUCGCCUCCCACAUCUUCAUCAACAACCGCUGCUGCCGCCGCCACUUCCACGGCCCCAUCGACAUCAUUAACAACAUCAACAACCGUCACCAAUACACCAGCCAAUGUCCAAAACACCACCACCACCUCAUCAUCAUCAAAAACAUCAACAAUAACCCCCACCCCCACCCCCACCCCUGCCGCCACAGCACCAGCACCAGCACCAGCACUAGCACCUGCAUCAGCACCAGCACCAGCACCAUCCACCCCAAGCCCUCUCCCGCCAGCCGCCGCCUCCAAAAAGUCCCAGGAAUGGCUCACCGUACAAGCCGAACUCGAAGCCAAGAAACGCUCUUCUGCUUCUUCCAUGCCCACCAUUGGCGGCGGCGGCGGUGGUGGCCCAGCAGCCACUGAACAGAAAUCCCUUUACGAAGUCCUCCAAGCCAACAAGGCAGCCAGGCAAGCGGCCUUUGAAGAAGCCAACAAGAUCAAGAACCAGUUCCGCGCUUUGGACGACGACGAGAUUGAGUUCCUUGAGGGCGUGGCGGAGAGGAAGAGGAGGGAGGAGGAAGAGAGACGAAGAGAGGAGGAAGGGGGGUUGCAGAAGUUUAGGGAGUUGCAGCGGCAAAAAGGUGGUGGUGGUGGUGGUGAGGAGCAAGAGGGGGAUGGAGAGGAUGGGGAGGAUGAUGGGUUGGGCGAGGAGGAGUUGAUGUUUUUGAGUGGAGCGGGAGGUGGAGGGAGGAAGAGAAGGAGGAUGGGAGAGGGGAAAAGGUUGGUGCCGGGGGUGAAGAGGGCUAGGAGUGGAGGAGAGGAAGGGAAAAAGAAGAAGGAGGAGGAGGGGAACACGGUGGUUUCUGAGCCAGCCAAGGCUACAGCUACGGCGCCCGCGAAAAAGCCCUCUGGUGGACUUGUUUCAUAUGCAUCGUCGGAUGAGGAUGAUGACUGA